GAUUCCAGAAAACCCACUGCGUUAAGCUUUCAAUUUCACAUAAAAAAAGUUGCAAUUUCUUCUAACCAAAUCAUCCACUGUUCGGCUUUGCCCAUAAUGGCUUUCAAUAGUUUCCCGAAGCUCUCGAUUCUUGCUGCUAUUGUCUCCUUAAUGUUAUCCCGCAACCUAUAUGAAGUCUCCGCCGCUACUGGUGGUCGGAUGGGCGGCUCUUCCUUCUCCGAAGAGAGCCCACCUUCUUCAAACCGGUAUGAUGAUCAUUAUUACGACCAUCAUCAUGAUCAUGAUCAUUAUCGUCAUCAUCACCACCAUCAUUCCCAGCCUGGUCUUUCGAGGAACGCCGAUCAAGAGACUGGUUCUACAUCGCCGGCUGUUUCUUACUUAAUUUUAACCAUUUUCGUUGGAGCAGCUUCGGCCAUAGUCUACCGUAGUGCUGCGGAAAAUAGAAUGACUGUUCUACAAGUUCAGGUUGGCUUAUCCGCAAAAGCCCGUUCGGUGCAAAAAGAACUCACUGAAAUUGCUUCGACAACAGACACUUCUACUGCAAAGGGCUGGAACUUCAUACUGCAGGAAACCAUAUCGUCAUUGCUUCAUCAUCCACAUUGUUAUCUUCAUGGCUAUUCAUCUGUAACUCAUCAUUGGAGCAUCGGAGGUGCUGAACAGCAAUUUCAACGAAUUUCCAAGGAAGAACGCCUUAAAUUUGACAUAGAGACGCUGGUAAACGUCAACAACAAUAAAAAGCAAAGAGUAGUUGUUUCAAAUGGUGACCAUACAAACAAGGACCGGAUAGUGGUAACAGUUCUAGUGGCUGCUCAAGGUGCAUACAAGCUGCCAGCAAUCAACACUACCGACGACAUGAAGGAGGCAUUGCAAUCUUUGGCAGAUAUCAGUUCCAGCAAAAUCAAGGGUGUAGAGGUGCUUUGGAGCCCACAAGAUGAGAAUGACUCACUGUCAAUUGAGGAAUUGCUUGAAAAUUACCCACAGUUGAAGAGAAUAUGAUGGCUCUCACUCUUUUUGUGAAGAUGUAAUAUUCUUUUAUAACCAGAAGGGGAAUGUGUUGGCCGGAGAUCGAAUGCUCGGGAUUUUAUUUCGACGGAAGUCAUUUUUGAAACUGCACCGCAUGCUCAGUUGACAGUAAUAUUUUUAUAUAUAAUGAUUUUGGUAAUAGUUGCAGAACAUUUGUAAU